GGCCGGGACUCGGCCCCCGCAGCUCCAGACCCGCUGCUGCUUGGUCCUCAGUCCCGGGGUCGCGAUGUGGCGCAGGCCGACCCCGCGCGCGCCCUCGCUGUUGCUGCUGCUGCUGCUGCUGUCGCCAGCCGCGGAAGGAGCCUUCUCCAGUUCCGAUGCUCAACAGCAGCAGGUCAGGGACGAUGACAUCACGGAGAAGGCACCCACCCAAGCCUCCGUGCACUCGCCCACCCAAGCCUCCGUGCACUCGCCCACCCAAGCCUCCGUGCACUCGCCCACCCGGCCAGCAGCCAGCAACGCCUCAGACCUGGCCACAGUCGUGACAGCCACCAGUGACUCCCCAACCCAGGCCCCCACCCUGGCCUCCACGAAGACCCCCACUCCAGCCCCCACAGAAACUCCCACCCCGGCCCCCACAGAGCCCCUCUGCCCCCCGCCUGUCACCCCCUGCUCUGAGGCCAAGACGCAAGUGGCGGAGGCCAUCCUGGGGGAUGCACUGACCGACUUCGCCCUGAAGCUGUACCGCGCCUUUGCGGCCACGAAGAGCUCCGAGUCCAACAUGGCCUUCUCGCCCUUCAGCAUCGCCAGCCUGCUUACGCAGGUCCUGCUGGGAGCGGGGGACAGCACCAGGAGCAACCUGGAGGGCGUCCUCUCCUACCCAAAGGACUUCACCUGUGUCCACCAGGCCCUGCAGGCCCUCGUGAACAAGGGCGUCACCUCAGCCUCCCAGAUCUUCCACAGCCCAGACCUGCUCAUCAAGGACAGCUUUGUGAACGCCUCGCAGCGCCUGUACGGCAGCAGCCCCCAGGUGCUGGGCAAUGACUCUGCCGCGGACGUGGGGCUCAUCAACAGCUGGGUGGCCAAGAACACCGGGUACAAGGUCCGCGGGCUGCUGCACAGCUUGCCACCGGACAUCCGCCUGAUGCUAUUCAACGCCGUCCACCUGAGUGCCAAGUGGAAGCAGCCCUUCGAGCCAAAGAAGAAGAAGGAGACCUUCUACAUGGGCAACACCGUCAUCCAUGUUCCCAUGAUGCACAGCAAGAAGCACCCGAUGGCACAUUUCCUGGACCCCAGCCUGAGAGCCAAGGUGGGCCAGCUGCAGCUCUCCCACAACCUGAGCUUCGUGAUCCUGGUGCCGCAGAGCCUGGGGCAGCCCCUGGAGGAGCUGGAGCGCACGCUCAACCCCACACUCUUUAAAGCAGUCAUGAAGAAGCUGGAGAUGUUCAAGUACCAGCCCACGUACCUGAUCAUGCCGCGGGUCAAGGUGACCGGCACCCAGAACCUGCUGCCCAUCAUGGAGAAGCUGGAAUUCUUCGACUUCACCUACGACCUCAACCUGUGCGGGCUGACGGAGGACCAGGACCUGCAGGUGUCGGAGAUGCAGCACCACAUCGUGCUGGAGCUCACCGAGACCGGCGUGGAGGCAGCCGCCGUCUCUGCCCUCUCCGUGGCCCGGAACCUGCUGGUCUUCGAGGUGCAGCAGCCUUUCUUAUUUGUGCUCUGGGACCAGGUGCACAAGUUCCCUGUCUUCAUGGGCCGGGUCCAUGAUCCCAGGGCCUGAGAGCCAGAGUGGGGCGGGGAUCCGCACACUUAGGCCUCAGCACGCAGGGCUGUCCUGUGGCUGGCUGCCCUGGGGGGACUUGUCCCCUCCCCCUGGCCUGAGGCUCCUGAGCUUCCCUCAGCCACUUGGUGGCCCUGCUGUGCUCUGCACACCACUUUUUGCAGCUUUCUCUAGUUCCAGUUUACCAGACCCUGAAAAUAAAACCUGGAUGACCAUGA